AUGAUAUCAAGAGACGAGCAGUUGGAGAGCGGCGUGCGGCUGACGGUGGAACCCAGCGAUGCCGUCGCCGCCCCUGGGGAGCGGCUGAUGCUGGCCUGCGGGGCCCCGUCUCCGGCAAGGGUCACCUGGAGGCACAGCGCCAACGCGCCGCCCACGCGCGACCACACGCUGUCCACUUCGGACUCUUUCAGGAAACAACUCGCAAACGGUUCGCUAGUUAUCGAGAGUAUGUCGACGACGCUGGCAGGGCAGUACCAGUGCGUCGCAACCCAGGAUGGUGUGGGCACCAUCGUGUCAAGAAUAGCCACUGUCUUCCUAGCCGAGCUACCGGAGAUCGUGGAGACCGUAAGGACGGUGUCUGGAUCGCUUGGCGCCGGUGCGCUGCUGCCGUGCGCGCUUAGGGCUCCGCCCCGGCUGGCGCUGCGGGUGGCGCCGGCCGCGCCCGAGAGGAGAGUUUACGGCGCCGCCGGCAAGACGCACACACAGCCCCCGCUCCUUAAACUCAACGUGACAUGGCUGAAGAACGGCUCUCCGGUGCGCAUGGAGUCUGCGCGCAUCUCGCUCACGCCCAGCGGAGCGCUGGAGCUGGAGCCGCUGCGCCCCCACGACGCGGCCCAGUACCGUUGCCUGGUGGCGUUGGCCCACGCGCCGGCUAAGCACGUUGCGGGGCCUGAAAUCGACCUUCGGAUCAACACCGACCUGUCGAACGUGGAGACACCGCCACGGUUCAUAGCGGUGCCGCAACCAGUUACCGUGAUCGAAGGCGCUUCGGUGACGUUCGACUGCGCAGCGGUGGGCAACCCGAAGCCAGAGAUGAUUUGGCUCAACAACGGUGUGGCAAUCGAUCUGAACGACCUGGACUCGCGCUUCUACCUGGUGGGGUCUGGCUCGCUGCGGGUGCAGUCCGCGCGCGCCCUGGACGCCGGCGUAUACACCUGCCGCGCCCACAACCGCCUGGACUCCACGGACCACUCCACGCAGCUCCAAGUGCUGGUAACGUAUCUCUCCCGCGAAAGGGAGCCGAAAGUGUCGGCUCUCUUCCGCGAAGUGACGGCGCCGCGCGUGACGCUCCCCGGCGGCGCAGUGGCGCGCGCGCAUCCGCGCGGUGACGUCACGCUGCGCUGCGAGGCGCGCGGCCGGCCCCCGCCCGCCGUCGCCUGGCUCAAGGACGGCGAGCCGCUCAACCCCAACAGCCGCGACAUCGCGCUCCUCGACGGCACGUCGCUGCGCAUCCAGGGCGUGCUGCGCGUGGACGCGGGCAUGUUCCAGUGCGCGGCCAACUCGGCGGCUGGCAGCGCGGUGGCCGCCCUGAGGCUGCUGGUGCUGCCGCCGGCGGACGACGCCAAACAAACCCGCAACCCUAACCCCAACCCUAACCCUUCCUCGCACUUCCCGAACUCCACUCACGACAUCUUCGAUAGCCUCCUCUCCGGCGGGCCAGAUCCGACCUUGGAUCCAAUGCCGGAGGACCUAGAUUUCCUCGGCGAGACCUCGUCCGCGUACACGUCCGGGCCGGACGUCGAGUACGACGAAACUGACGCUGACGAUUCCUUUCACGCUACCGAAGGCCUGGACCUGGACGAGCUCGGGCAGGGCAACGCGACAGUGGUCUCUGCGCCGAGGGCCCUAAGGGCGGUUAUCGUGAAGCACCGAUUCGUGACGCUCAGCUGGGAGGAGCCAGAGGUUAGACUCGAGGAGGUCACCGGUUACGCUGUCGUCUACAAGGUCAAGGGAAGUGAACGCGAACGCAUCGCCAGGGGCAACCCGCAGCGGCACGAGAUGAACGUCGCCUCGCUCCAGCCUAACACCACUUACCAGUUCACCGUUAUGGCCUUCACCCAGCACUCGCACUCGCCAACUUCGGAGAUGAUCGAAGCAACCACCGCAGAGGAAGAGCUGACGUAUGGUCCUCCGCUGGACGUGCACGUGGAGGCCCUGGGGCCACACAGCGCACGCGUCUGGUGGGCCCCGCCCACGCAGACGCACAACGGGCUCGCAUCGGCGGCCCCGCCCACCAGAUACGCGGUCUACUACACCGACGAGGAGACGGGGCGCGAGCUGACGCAGUGGGCGGAGGGCACCUCUGCGACCCUCAGCGGGCUGAGGGCCGCCGCCGCGUACCGGGUGCGCGUGGCGGCGGCGGGGGGCGCCCCCGCGCCCGAGCUGCGCGCGCGCACGCCGCAGGACGCGCCCGCCGCGCCCCCCGCCAACGUCACGGCCGUGCCCAGCGGCGCCACGGUACUCAUUCACACUUUUCCCUCCCCCUUGCUGUACAGGGUGUCCCGGAUUUCGACGAAAAAC